AUGCAAAACAACAUCACUGUCCAACCUUUGGCAUGUGUUCCAAAAGUUAAAAAGAAUAUCAACCGUCCGUCACACCCAACAUCCGUGCCUUUAAGCAAGCUUUUCUCCAGCCAGUUCCCACUAUCUUUAAAACAACUGAUCGAAGACUAUGGAUUUAGGCAUAAUCCGCUUAAAUUUCAAGACGACUUACUUGCCACGCUUCCUUUUUACCCUGAAGCUGAUGACACUGGGCGUCAGGGAAAGGUUAUACAAACGAAACUACUGACGGGACAUUCCAUAAACGAGUUUGCUAUUUAUCCGAAAUCGUUUUAUGGAAAACUGGAUGCGGAACAGAAAGAGUUGUAUAGCAACUGUCGUCAUUUGAUCAUGAUUCAUGGGUAUGGAGGCGGCUUAGGCUUUUGGCUCAAGAACUUUGAUGAAAUUUCCAAGGAAGAUAACUGGAUUAUACACUCUAUUGACUUGUUGGGUUAUGGCUGCUCGUCAAGACCCCCAUUUAAGUUAGAAGAAGAGAGCAUUCAUGGGGUCGACAAAUGGUUUCACGACUCAUUCAGUGAAUGGUUGGAGCUCCGCGGUCUCACAGAAAAACCGAACAAUAAUCUUGUUCUCGCUCAUUCGAUGGGAGCGUACCUAAUGGGUACUUAUGGUAUCAAAGUCAAUCCAUCUUUCUGUUACAAAAUGUUGAUGGUAUCGCCUGGUGCUAUCAUCAAGCACAGGAAGCAAGUGCCUGAAUACCGGCCCAAUAGGUUCUAA